CCGAUGGAGGUGGAGCCGUCCCAGAACGCUGACGGCACCAACGGAGCCGGAAGCAGCGCCGCUGGAGCCAAGCACGGAUCCAAGUCGGGCCCGGGCAACGGUGGCGGGGCCGCGGCGCGGCUGAGGCGCCUCCUCGACCACAGCCGCGCAGAGGCGCGAACGCGCCAGCGCAGACGCGCUGAGAUCGAGCAGCAGCACGGCUCGCGCGCGUCGCUGCGGAAGCGGCUCCACGGCACGGCCUCGUCGCGGCUUGCGAGGCUCGAGGAGUGCAAGCGCAAGGAGGCGGUCACGGCCGCGUCGAUCGAGAACUUGCUCAGCGGAAUCGAGCAGAUGCGCGGCCGCGUGCAGCGCGCCAACGCGGCAGCCUUUGCAAAGAUCCGAGACAAGACGCGCCUCAUCUUUGCCGAGGCGGUGCCGGCGAUGGAGGUGGACAUGGUGUGCGCCGACCCAGCCAACCCCGAGGCGUCGGGCGUGAGGUUCCUCAUCCGCUCGCGCGCCGCGGCCGUCUCCGAGCCGGCGGAGGCGGGAGAGGGCGGCGAGGCGGCUGGAGGCUGGCGCUCGGGGCUGGAGGAGCUGAGCGGCGGCCAGCGGACGCUGCUCAAGCUCUCCCUCCUGCUGGCCGUGGCGCACCACCGCCCGUCGCUCUUCAUCCUGCUCGACGAAGUGGACGCGGCGCUCGAUGAGGCAAACACGAUCCGCGUGGCGUCGCUCAUCAAGGAGCUCUCGCGCACGACGCAGGUGGUUGCCGUGAGCCACCGCGCGCAGUUCAUGCGCUUCGCGGACCACAUCGUGCGCCUCAGCAAGGCGGGUGACAUGACGGUCGUCGGCUGAGCGAGACCGCGCAGCGUCGCGGGUGGACACGCGGGGCACGAGGGCGGUCUCUGUGGGGAG